AGCUCUUCACUUAUUUUUGGAAGAUACAUUGUGAACAAAUUAUCUUUGACUUUGUAGUAGCUAAGAAAUUGGAGAAGAUGGCGAAAAUUGACAGUUAUAUCAAAACAGAAAUUGAAGCCAAAGUAAAAGCGAUAUUGAAACUUAUUAAAGAUGGCGAACUUGAUAUGGAUGGCACUCCGGAAGAAAUUUUGAAGACGGAACCGCUUGCUGAAUUUGUUAAAAUUUGUGAAGAUAGACUGCAAGUGGAAGUGGGCACCAUAAAGAGCUUACAUAGCGAUGAGAAAAGGCAAAUGCACGCCAUCUUCGAAAGCGAAUGUCAUAAUAAAAUACAGGCACCGUUGGAUUUCAUAAACAAUCAGAAGAGAGAAGUUGAAGAACAAUUAAGAGCCAAAGAACGUGAGUUGAAAACUUUAGAGGAAACGGCAAGUGGUUACGAAAAUCAAAUAAGUGCUUACCAGAAUACGAUCCGUGAACUGGCACAGAAGAAUUUGGAUCAAGAAGACGAAUUAGGUAAGUUGAAGAAAGAAUUAACAGCGAGAACAAAAGAUUGCUCUGCAAUCCAACGGAAGCUUAAUACGGCAGAGAAAGAUGCUUCAGGAGACAAAGCCAAAGUUGAAAAUCUGGAAAAGGACUUGCUUUCCUUGAAGACAACAAAAGAAGAAUUGGAGCUCAACUGUGAAAAACUCGGAGAAGAACGUGAAAAACUCAUAAAAGAACAUGCACAAACCCUCAAAUUUUUUCACGAUGAAAAUAAUGAAUUAGCCAAUCAAGUAAUGGAUCUUCAGAGAACAUUGAAAGAACAGGAAGAUGCACAUCAGAAGUUGAAUAAAGAAUAUAAACAAGUUGACAGUAAGUUUAAUGAAUGCAAGGUCAACCUUGAAGUUGCAAACAGAAAGAUUGAAGAAAAGGAAGAAGAGCUUCGUGAAAGCAUUGCGUCAAAAGAUCAGAUUGUAACUGAUUUGGAACAUCAAGUUGAAGACCUGAAAAGAGACCUGGGAGAGAAAAGGGAUGAGAUCAGAACUUUGCUUGAGAAUGUCAGGAAUCAUGAGGAAAAUCUUCGCCUGUCAAACCAAAAGCUCCGGGUCACUGAACAAUUGCUAAGUGAAAAGGAAGAGAGCUUUAGAAAGGCGAAAGAAGAGCUUCAGCAAGUUCAGAGAGAACUUGAAGAUAGGAAUGCUACUCUGGUAGCAAAAAUCACUGCUAACAAUAAAGCUUUUCAUGAAACAAUCACAGAUAUUAAAGUGUGUGUCAACAGUGUGAAUAUUGGGAUAGAUACUUUGAGCAAGAAAUGUUCCAAUGACUGCAAUAAUUAUGAGAACUCCAUCGCAAACAUCUCUCGCGAGCUUCAGGAUGUAAAAGAAUAUGUCAGUGAGAUGAAUAGGGAAAAGGGGAAGUUACAGAAAGAUAAAAUGCUUUUAUGGGAGGAACUACAGGGUAAAAAGGAAGAGGAAUUAACUCUGAAGGAGGAGAUUGAGAAGCUACAGGCAAAGGGAAGAAAGGCGGAAGAAGAGCUUCGGCAAUUUCAGAGAGAACUUGAAGAUAGGAAUGCUACUGAAGUGUGUGUCGACAGUGUGAAAAUUGGGAUAGAUACUGUGAGCAAGAAAUUUUCUGAUGACUGCAAUAAUUAUGACAUUGAGAAAUCCAUUGCAAACAUCUCUCGUGAGCUUCAGGAUGUAAAAGAACAUGUCAGUGAGGUGAAUAGUGAAAAGGAGAAGUUACAGAAUGAUAAUAGGCUUUUGUUGGAGGAGCUGCGGGGUAAAGAGGAACACGAAUUAACUCUAAACGAGAAGAUUGAGAAGUUAGAGAUCGAAUGCAAAAACAUGGAGGCCAUUAGGAAGCUCAGCUUGAAGAUUGUUGAUCUCACGGAAAUCCCAUCAAAGUAUGGCAGCAAUUGUUGA